AUGGCAUGGGAAGGCUUCCUGGCUGUGCUAAGCCAGCACCAAGCUCCACCAAAACUGGAAGAAAAUCCUGCUGAAGCAUUCACUGACUCAUCCCUCUUUGCUCACUGGGGCCAGGACCUCAGUCCCGAAAACAGACGCAUUGCUCUAAAGCAGUUCCAAUACUAUGGCUAUAAUGCUUACUUGAGCGAUCGCUUGCCUCUGGACAGGCCCCUGCCUGAUCUUAGGCCUAAUGGGUGCAGAAACCUUACGUUUCCUGACAGGCUCCCCGAGGUCAGCAUUGUGUUCAUAUUCGUUAAUGAAGCUCUCUCAGUGAUUUUGCGCUCCAUCCAUUCUGCUAUUGACCGGACUCCUGCUCACCUGCUUAAAGAGAUUAUUUUAGUGGAUGAUAACAGUAAUAAUGAAGAGCUCAAGGAGAAACUAAAGAAGUAUAUAGAUGAAGUGAAUGCCCAGAAACCAGGGUUCAUCAAGGUUGUUCGACACAGCAAACAAGAGGGACUGAUCCGAUCCCGCGUUAGUGGAUGGAGAGUUGCCACAGCACCAGUAGUCGCUCUCUUUGAUGCCCAUGUGGAAUUCAACGUGGGAUGGGCUGAACCAGUUCUUACUAGGAUAAAGGAAAACAGAAAAAGAGUAAUUUCUCCAUCAUUUGAUAACAUUAAGUACGAUAAUUUUGAAAUAGAGGAAUAUCCCCUCUCUGCACAAGGGUUUGACUGGGAGUUGUGGUGCCGAUAUCUGAACCCUCCUAAAUCGUGGUGGAAGCUGGAGAACACAACUGCUCCAAUAAGAAGUCCUGCCUUGAUUGGAUGCUUCAUAGUAGACAGAGAAUAUUUCCAAGAGAUUGGCCUACUAGAUGAGGGUAUGGAAGUAUAUGGAGGAGAAAACGUUGAGCUCGGAAUCAGGGUGUGGCAGUGUGGAGGCAGCGUUGAGGUUCUGCCUUGCUCCAGGAUUGCCCACAUUGAACGAGCCCAUAAGCCAUACACGGAAGAUCUAACUGCUCACGUGCGCAGAAACGCGCUACGGGUGGCCGAAGUCUGGAUGGAUGAGUUCAAGAGCCACGUGUACAUGGCCUGGAACGUGCCCCAGGAGGACUCUGGGAUUGAUAUUGGGGACAUUUCUGAGAGGAAGGCCUUGAGGAAGAAGCUCCAGUGCAAGACCUUCAGAUGGUACCUUGUCAGCGUCUACCCAGAAAUGAGGAUGUAUUCCGAUACGGUUGCCUAUGGGGUGCUGCAGAAUUCCCUAAAAAGUGACUUGUGCCUUGAUCAGGGGCCAGACACAGAGAAUACUCCAAUCGUGUAUAUCUGCCAUGGAAUGACCCCACAGAACGUCUAUUACACAAGCAAUCAGCAGCUCCACGUGGGUGUUCUGAGUCCUACUAUCGAUGACGAUGACAACAGAUGCCUGGUGGAUGUGAACAGCAGGCCCAGGCUCAUUGAAUGCAAUUACGCCAAAGCCAAAAGAAUGAAGCUUUACUGGCAGUUUACUCAGGGAGGCCCUAUCCAGAACCGAAAAUCCAAGCGUUGCCUGGAAUUGCAGGAAAACAGUGAAAACGAAUUUGGAUUUCAACUCGUCCUUCAGAAAUGCACUGGACAGCACUGGUCUAUAACGAAUGUCCUGAAAAGCCUGUCAUCAUAGCAGAAUACUUUUUUUCUACCCACUCCUUUUGCUACCGUGUAGCAAAUAUUGCAAUGUUGCCUGCUGUACUCUAUGCCCCCCUUCCCCUCCUCCUUUCCUCUUUCCUGUCCCUUUGAUUUUCUUGUGAGUGUGUGGAAGUUGGGUUUGUGGGCUGAAAAUAGACAUUUUUAUUUCACAAUGAUGUUUUCAUGGCAUUUAUAGAUAUGUUGAAUGACAGAUUAUGGUAGGUGAUCCUAAAAUAUUUUGCAACUGUAAAUAGGAAACAAAUGGAGAA